GCGACGUGUACGAUAGCUAAGUUGUUGCCCUUACCGUGAGUUGAAGAUAUUGCCUCCACCCCGCGCAGUCCCCGUAAGAGGCGCGUUGCUGUGUUUGCGCAAUCCCAGUCAUACUUUAACAUGGGAGAAGCGGUACUCGGGCCACCAGUAGCGCCUAAGAAGACCACGCAGCGGCUCUUCACUGCAGCCGCGAAAUCUCUCGAUGCCCUAGAAGAUUACAUAGCUAACAAGGAUUCGACGCACAACGUGCCUCCGAGUGAAAUAGCACUCAACCGCAACGCUAAUGCGAAGUUGCUUCCUUACCGGACCUUCGCGGUCGCGGAGUCGCAGCAAACCGCCCAAUACGCCAAACCUGUCUCCCUGCCCGAGCGACCCAAGCGACUGAUGUUCACGUUCGGCGGAACAGGGCCCCAGUACUGGCAGCAAGGGCAUGACCUGAUGCGCCACCCCGUCUUCGCUCAGUCUGUGUACGAGUGCGACAAGAUCCAUGUGCAGCACACCGGACGAUCGUUCUUGUCUGAUACGGGAUUGUUCAUCGGCCAGCCGUCCCAGCGACUGGAUCUGGAGCAUAUGGAUAUCUGGCCUGGUGAUGUGGUCUGUCUUGCAAACGCUAUAUAUCAGAUCGCUAUGUACGACUUGCUACGGUCAAUCAAUGUCUCUCCGGAUGUAGUACUGGGAUUCUCCCUCGGAGAAACUACGGCAUUGUACGGUUCCGGUGCGAUUUCACGGGAGAUGGCGGUAAAAAUCGUAAUCGCGAUCGGGCGCGCCCUCCUGCGCAUCGACAACUCCGGCGGCCUCGUCAUCGGCGUCAUGGACGUCUCCAACGCACUCGUCAUGCAAGCCAUGGACACGCUCCCAACCCACAUCCGGCGGAACCUCUACAUCUCGAGCUUCAUCACGCCCACCGUGAUGGGCGUCGUCGGGCCCUCCGCCGACGUCGAGUACUUUGCGGAUAACCUCCCACCGGGUGCGUCGUACACCCGCAUCCACGUCGGCAGCGCCGUGCACUCGCCGUUCCUCGACCUCUCGGAGGCGCCGUUCCGUGAGGAGGUCGAGCGGAUAUUCGAGCUGCAUGGCAAGUGCGUCAGGGCGCCGGUUAUCCCGAUGAUGUCUAGUGUCACAGGGGAGUGGAAGACGGAUGCACCGACGGUGGACUACGUGUGGGACAGCAUACGGCGCACGAUAUUGAUGAAGCCUGUCGUUGAGAAGUUGGUGGCCGAAUAUGGGGAGCAAUCGACCUUCAUAGAGCUCUCUCCGCAUCCGUCCCUUUCUCCGUACAUCGAGGCCAUGGGCGCCGGAGCCUCCUUUGGCCCCUGCGCACGUCCACCUUCUGCUCGUCGUCUAGCGGCUGGCGCGACGUAUGUCAGUGAACACAUGGCCUUCCUUCAAGCGUGCGGACGUCUCUUCACGUAUGGGAUAGACACGAUGGACCUGGCAGCAGUGAAUAAAUACGAUGGAUAG